AUGGAAAUCCAUGGAGAUGAUGAGAUAAUUCCCAAGACAGGGAAAAAGUGGACGAGGUUUGGAAUUUUCGGCGCGCUGUUGGCCAGGGAAUACGAGCUUCGGCGCAACAAGGAAGUCAAAGCGAAGGAUUCUAUUACGGACAACAAUGUCGGAAAAGGGACAGAACUGAAAGGUUCGCGUCUCCGCUCGCGGAAAAUCUCCAUAGCCAAAAGAAGACGGAGCUGUCGGAGAAGACGCACCGACUUCAGCGAUGUCGACAGAGGCCAAUCCCGUCUCUUGAUUCCUUUCCUGCAGAUCGUGGAGAAAGAUUUCUUGAGAGAGGAGGAGAAGAGAGAGAUCGAUGAACAGUACGAGAGAAGCAAGAUCAAAGUGAACGGUAAGAGGGUCUGGACGAAGAAGAUAGACACCGCCUUCAACGUGAUCAUGGUCGAUCCGAUGUCGAGGGAGUGGAAUAUGAUUCUGGGGAGAUGGAACAUGUCCAAGGAGGGGGGAGCCACUUCGAACUACGCGCUGCAGGUGAGCUGGAACAGCGUUGUCCAAGACAAGGAACUGGUCACUGGAGAUGUGAUCGAGCUCUGGUCGUUCCGUGUCAGAGGCAGACUUCAGCUCGCCAUCUUUACUCAUCGAGAGAUCUUUCCCCUUAAUUAGCACGUGAUUUUUU